AGUGGGUCCAGGGCUUUAGUAUUUUUUGUUGUUGUUUUGAAGCCCAGAAGGAAGCUUUCAUAUUACUAAAUAAAAGAGGCUACAUUAUUAGCUUUCUAGUUGUGUUAUUAAAUAGUUUACUGUGUGUUCUCUUUGCCUAGAAGCUAGAGGGGAAAUUCAUUUCUCCUUCAUAUAAUAUAAUAUAAACGGCUCAGUUAGUCUCCAUGAAACAUUUUGCUUUAACUUUAUCUUGCAAUAGUUUACUUUGUUUUUCUCCAAAUUUGGCAAACUGAAAUUUAGAAUUUCCAUGUCUUGGUGGACUCCUAAGAGCAUCUAAGAAAGUGGGGAGCUCUAAGCCCAGGGAACACUGAGCAGUUGGGUCUUUCUGCCCUUCUGACUGAGACUUACCCUCUCUCCUUACCUGCCCCAAGUCUGCUGUGGAAACUAGAAGGAGAUUCAGAACUCCAAACAAAGUGAUGUAAGAGGGGGCUUCUCAGACUUUAAUUAAAGGGCGUGUAAAUUCCCCACGGACCCUGCUGGCCCUCUCAUCCUGACCACUAGGUUGGGUUCUGCAGGCCUCAUGCUGCUCAUACCACGCUCGGAGUUGAAUAGCAUGGCCGAGGAAAGUUUGGACUUUGGAAUCACACAAAUUGGGUUCAAAACAGUUCACGACAUUUCACAGAAAAACACUGUGCCCACAGGCAGUUAUGUAAUCCUUGUGAGCCUUAAUUUCUUCAUCUGUAAAAUGGAGAAAAUACUUAGCUGAUGAGAUUGUCUUAUGAAAACAGAAGAUAUGUGGAAACUGCUAAAAUCAGUGCCUGUCACAUCGUAGCACUUGAUGAAUAUUUAGACAAAAAAAGGCAUGUAGAGCUGAAGAUGGACCAGGCUUUGCUGCUCAUCCAUAAUGAACUACUUGGGACGCACUUGACUGUCUACUGGAAUUCUGAACGCUGUUAUCAUUGCUUGCCUCAGGCCCUGGUGAAUGUUUCUGGGAGUGGAAAACGUGGGAAGCCUAGCAUCGCAGCUGUGGCUGUGAGCACCCAGCACGGAUCCAUCCUGCAACUUAAUGACACGGUGGAAGAGAAGGAAGUUUGUAGGCUGGAAUACAAAUUUGGUGAAUUUGGAAACUAUUCUCUGUCGGUCAAGCACGUCAAUAAUGGAGUCAGCGAAAUUGCUUGUGACCUAGUCAUCAAUAAGAAUCCAGUUGACAGUAAUCUUCCCGUGUGUAUUGCGUUCCUUGUUGGUCUGGCUGUCAUCAUUGCUGUGUGCUUUCUGAGGUUCUUGUUGAGUUUGGAUGACUUUAAUAAUUGGAUUUCUAAAGCAAUAAAUUCUCGGGAAACUGAUCGCCUCAUCAACUCUGAGCUGGGCUCUCCAAGCAGGGCCGGCCUGUUCGGCGACGACGCCCAGCCCGAAGUGUGGCGUCCGUGUGCGGUGCCUCCCCGCCUCCGCUCCGUGGACACGUUCAGGGGGAUAGCUCUCAUCCUCAUGGUCUUCGUUAAUUACGGAGGAGGGAAAUAUUGGUACUUCAAGCAUGCGAGUUGGAAUGGACUGACGGUGGCCGACCUUGUAUUCCCGUGGUUUGUAUUUAUUAUGGGAUCUUCAAUUUUUCUGUCAAUGACUUCCAUACUGCAGCGGGGAUGUUCAAAGAUCAGGUUGCUGGGGAAAGUUGCGUGGAGGAGUUUCCUGUUAAUCUGCAUAGGAAUUAUCAUCGUGAACCCCAAUUAUUGCCUUGGUCCAUUGUCUUGGGAUAAGGUGCGGAUCCCCGGUGUGCUCCAGCGGCUGGGGGUGACUUACUUUGUGGUGGCCGUGGUAGAGCUCCUCUUUGCAAAGCCUGUGCCUGAAAGCUGUGCCUCGGAGAGAAGAUGCUCUUUUCUUCAAGACAUCACCUCUAGCUGGCCCCAGUGGCUUUUCAUUCUGAUGCUGGAAAGCAUUUGGCUGGCCUUGACUUUCUUCUUACCUGUUCCUGGAUGCCCCACUGGCUAUCUCGGUCCGGGCGGCAUUGGAGAUCUGGGGAAGUAUCCAAAUUGCACUGGAGGAGCUGCUGGCUACAUCGACCGCUUGCUUCUGGGAGAUGAUCAUAUUUAUCAGCAUCCUUCCUCGGCUGUGCUUUAUCACACCACGGUGGCCUACGACCCUGAAGGAAUCCUGGGGACAAUCAACUCCAUUGUGAUGGCAUUUUUAGGAGUUCAGGCAGGAAAAAUACUCUUGUAUUACAAAGAUCAGACCAAAGACAUCCUGAUCAGAUUCACUGCCUGGUGGUGUUUUCUAGGGCUUAUCUCUCUUGCUUUGACGAAAGUUUCUGAAAAUGAAGGCUUCAUUCCCAUAAACAAGAAUCUCUGGUCCAUUUCCUACGUCACCACGCUGAGCUCCUUUGCCUUCUUCAUCCUGCUCAUUCUGUACCCUAUUGUGGAUGUGAAGGGACUGUGGACGGGAACCCCAUUCUUUUACCCGGGAAUGAAUUCUAUCCUGGUGUACGUCGGCCACGAGGUGUUCGAGAGCUACUUCCCCUUCCAGUGGAGGCUGCAGGACAACCAGUCGCACAAGGAGCACCUCAUUCAGAACAUCGUCGCCACUGCCCUGUGGGUGCUCAUCGCCUACAUUCUCUAUAAAAAGAAGGUUUUUUGGAAAAUCUGAUUGCUCCAGCCGAAGCGUGCUGCUAGCAGACUGGUGG